GUCCAACAUCUCGGUCAAUCUACGCAUGAGAAUUUUUGGAUUGCUCUAAGCGACUUUGAAACUUCUUCUGGUCGUUAUCUUGUACUUUGGUUGAUGCUUCAAUUGACAAUUCCAUAGCUCCAUUGAGCUCUUCAUCUCCCAUUUGAAUUCCGCUGCUCCAGUCAGCGCCAAAGCAACUUGAGGACUACCCACUCUCCCUGUCACAGCACGCCUACCGUCUCUACCUUUGAGAAACCGCGGUCAUGUCCCUCGCACGUCUUUCCGCUUCUGGAUCCCUUCGCGGCUCACCAUCUGGAUCCCCUCUUCUCCUCCGUCUUGAGCUCAUCAGGCGUGGCCAAAUACACAAUGCUCGCCCUCUCGUCGCCCAUCGCUCCGUGACUUCUCCACAAUGUCGCUCCCUUCAAACAACAUCGAGGACGUUGGUAGACAAGAACAACACCAACAAGAAGUUCUCACCUCAGCCCCAGCCCGUUCCCCUUUCGCAGAUCCCUCGUCUCAUACUUGGGGCUGCUGUGGAAAAUCUUCGUGGUCUGAAGAGGAAUUUCCGAAAUGGUACCUUCAAGACUAUGCUCCGUCAGAACCCCGAAGAGCUGGUGUUUGCUCUGGUCUUGCUUGCUGCACUUGCUGUUGUCAUGGUGUACAUCAUUCGGGUUUACUUCACCUACUUCUACUCAGAGCAGUUCACCAAAUACCCUCCUCCCAUUGCAAAAGCUCUGCGCCGGGCACUGUACUACAGCAACUACAAUCCCGACCAGCAGAUGGCCCUCAAGUACUGGAAGCAGGCUCUUGAGCUGUGUGAUGAACUCCACCUCGAUACCUUCUCUGACGAAGUCAUGGGCAUCAAGAUCGAGCUUGCGGCUUGGCUCGAGAAGAUUGGGAGCUACGACAACGCAGUCAAGGUGCUGGAGAAUCUUUCGGGCGACUGCAAGCGCUGGGUUGACCUUAUGGAGAAGAGCGUCAAGGAAGGAGGAAAGAUCCCGCCAUCGCUACUACCUCCUGUGGUGCCCCAGGAUCCAACUGGCCAGCCUGCCACCGCUGAAGAGCCCAAGCAGCAGGAAACUCCCGAGACCAUCUGGGGCAGGCGGACUCGCAUUCUUGGCAAGGCUGUUGGAAUCAAUGUCAAGCUUGCCAACCUCUACUCCUUCUACCUCGCUAAGCCCGAGGAGGCCCACGAACGCCUGAUCUGGGCCGUCGAAACCGCUCUCAACGAGCUUCGUAGACGAACUGUCGAGGGCCUCAAGGAGGGAGAAGGCAAGUGGAUGAGUUCAGAGGAAAUUGGCGGUGCCUUGGAAUCUUUGGGACAUAGCUACGAGGCCAAGUCGCAAUUCCACCUGGCUCUGCCGCUCUUCUUCCAAGCCCUUCGGUUGUCUCAACACCAAUGCCACAGCGCUACUAUCAUGAACAACAUUGCCGCUUGCUUUGCGCAGCACCCUAUAAUGCCUGCUGGUCAAAGCCAAGUGGAUACCCUGAUGGGUGAAGAAGUGGCUUCCGCAACACCAGCACAGAAAAGAACUGCGUAUCUCGAGGCAGCAAAGCGCUGGGCAAAGAACGCUCGACAACACGCCAAUGAGCCAAAGGGUGAUGAUCGGACCCCCGAAUGCGAUCAGGCUUGCGCUACCUCAUUGUGCAACCUGGCCAGCAUUGCUCGUCUGACCGGCAAUGUCACUGAGGCUCGUCGUCUGUUCGAAAAAGCCAUUGAGAUGAGCAGGAGCCUCGAGUUUGAAGAGGGCGUGACCCAAGCCGAGGACGGCUUGCGGGCGCUGUCGACGUCGUCGUAGUGGAGUCCUGG